CAAAAAAAAGCAUGUCUUCCAGCGACAAGCCUUCUGACCCCAUGCCCAUUCCGGCACACCGCCGCAACACGUUCACCGGGUGGCCGGGAACGUUCUUCACUCCCAUGGCUACUGCGCGCCCCAACGGGACCAUGGGAAUGUCGCCCUCCAGCGGCAUGCCGUCGGGGAGCACGGCCCACUCAUUCUCGGGCCAGCCAGCCAUGGCCAGCUCGCCGCCCAGCGAUCAGGCCAUGUCGGCGUUCUCGGGCAUCGGCCUGUUCCGCCGGUUCUCGGCAUCGGCAGCCAGCGGUGGCCCCCCUCCCAACCAGCCACUCCAGCAUCCGGUUGACCAGGCGCAGCAUCUGCACGAGGCGUUUCCGGCCAGCGACUUUGGAUUCCACAAGGAUCAGCAUCCAAGGUCCAAGAUCCUGAGCGAGGUCCGCGAGCACGACGAUCCUCCCAGCCGGCCUGACUCGCGUAUGCGCAACCUGAUGCUGUCUGGUCCAGUUUAUGAUCUAGGCCAGGACACGCCAUCUUCUUGUUCGCUGCCUUCCAUCUUUCCAUGUAGUUUUAUGAUCAUGUCCGCAUCCAAAAGCCACUCUAAAAACGAUCAAGGGCGGACAUGUCGUUAG